ACUCGCCUUGAGGUUCACCUAUUCAUGAAAUCAGUGCAAUGGGUGAUAGACAAUACAGAUGGGAAAGUAAAAGAAAUAUGCACCGAUGCACAUGCCACCAUAUCAAAAAUAAUGAAGAGCUAUCCUUCAUUCUCUGAAAUUCACCAUAGUCUUGAUGUAUGGCAUAAGGCAUCAAAGCUAACCACAAAGCUCACAAAACUGGCAAAGAAAAAUAAACAUAAAGCACUGGCCACCUGGAUUCCUUCUAUCCGUAACCACUUUUGGUUUUGCUGCUCAAUGUGUGACGGAGAUGAAUUCAAAUUUAGGAUUCUAUGGGCUCGUUUGCUGCAUCACAUUUGUGAUGACCACGAUUUCUGCACACAUGAGCCGAUUUUAGAUGAAGACCAAGAAAAAAUAUUUCUGUCUUCAAAUAGUGGUACAAUGGAGGAGCUGAGACAGAUAGUGUUGGACCUUGCAUGGAUGAAGUCUCUAGCCCAUUAUACAAGAAACCGUCAUACAGGAAUGAUAGAAGUUUUCAACAGCUUAACACUGGAAUACUGCCCCAAAAUAAUUGGAUAGAAGCAUGAUGCUUUCACAAAACGCAGCCAACUGGAAUUUAUAGACCACAAUAAACACCUUGGACGUGCACAAAUGACAACCAAAUCCGG